AUGGGCCUCAUCUACAACGUCUACCUCACCUCCCCCAAAAUCUACGGCUGCAAAACGUGCAAAACCCAUCUAGCCGACCACGACGAGAUAAUAAGUCGGAACUUCCGCGGCCAGCACGGCAAAGCCUUCCUCUUCAACAGCGUGGUGAACAUCGCCGAGGGCCCGGCGGGCGAGCGCAACAUGACGACGGGCAAGCACGUGGUGCGCGACAUUUCGUGCCGGCAGUGCCGCGAGGUGGUGGGGUGGAAGUAUGAUCGUGCCUUUGAGAGUAGUGAGAAGUACAAGGAGGGCAAGUUUAUCCUCGAGCAGGAGUUGCUUUGUUUGGUGAAUUGA